CACUCUGCAGCCCAGGAAAAGUAGCCAACAGACCUGUCACUCUCUCACGCAGACAUGGCUCCCUGCUUAACUUCCUCUUUCCACCAUCUGAAGUUCGCAGAAAAAGACAUUAAUAUAAGGAAACCCAUCGUGGAGAAGAUGCGUCGAGAUCGCAUUAACGGCUGCAUAGAGCAGCUCAAGCUCAUCCUGGAGAAGGAGUUCCACAAAGAGGACCCCAAUACCAAGCUGGAGAAAGCCGACAUCCUGGAGAUGACCGUGAGAUUCCUGAGGCAGCAGCAGCAGCCGCAGCCGGCUCCAUCUCAGAGGGACUACAGCGAGGGUUACUCACAGUGCUGGAGGGAGUCUCUGCAGUUCCUCUCUGGAAGCCCCAAGAGAGACACCACCACCACCUCCGAUGGACCUCUUCAGGGGCUCCAACAGCAGCUCUCCUCCCAGGCCCAGAUAUCCUGCAGCAGCCCGAUGGGCUGCUCCACUUCCCCAGUCUCCUCCAUCUUCCGUGCCACCGCCAAGCUCCAGGACAAAGGAGUUCAAGGUCCAGUCUGGAGGCCCUGGUAGAGAGAGUUACUGGAAUCACUGUAAAACCUGAGGGAAACACUGGACUUUAUGUCACUCACUAUGUAGGAAAUAUGCAUUUCCAACCUCCUCCACCGUUGUGGGUUUACUGAGCUCUUAUUGUCUCAUCACAUUGAUGGCCAUAUAUGUGUGGCACAUUUGAUUUCUGGCAUAUUUGAAGUGAGGGUUGUCAUUUUUUUGUGAAGAUUGUUAUUUCUCCUACUUGUUUUGUCACAUGAGUUUUUUUGUUUGAAUUGAAGAA